AUGUCUUUCCCCAAAGCGAAAAUUCUGCGAUUCAACGAAGAAAUGACAUGUGCCCCUCCUCCUGGCAAAUACGAUCCAAAGUUCGAAAAGAAAGUAAUUGGAGUAACUAUUGACAAGAGCAAAAGAUUCAAUGAGAAGAAGGGAGGUAUGGGAGGUGGAUCAAUCAAUGCAUCCACCGAGAGUUUAGACUCAGCAUGCUCCAGGUGUUCUUCUCAUACUCACAGUCAAGUUGUCUUCAGAACCCCCCAAAUGCCAAAAAAGAGGGUUUUCGCAACUCCAAGAUCAGCUAUUGAAACUUCUCAAAACCGAAGAACAAGUACUACUGGCUUAAAAACAAAAAAGAAAUUGAAUGACAUUUUCAUGCAGGAAAAAGAAAACAUACUUGAGCAGACACCUGAAAGAGAACAAGCUUAUUGUCUUCUUGGAAAGGAUCAGGAAAUUUCCUCUCUUUUGAAUGAAAUAGCAGAAUUAAAGAAGUCGAUGUCGAAAAUGGAGAAUUCCAGUGACAUAUUAUUGAAUAAUCUGAGAUCUGAAUUUGAAACAAGCUUCAACAGGCUAAGUGCGGAAUUGGAACAAAGCAAAAGUGAACUUGAAAAAGAAAGAGAAGGUCAAAAAAAGAGUUUAAAUGACUUCAAAAGUCAUAUUAGUGUUCUAGAAGAAAAUAUUAUUAACUGUAAUGCAAUUAACAGCAACCUGGAACAACAGUUAGCUGAAAAACAAAUUUCUCUCGAAGAAAUGUCAAACAAACAUAUUCAAAUAGAAAAGGAGCUCAAAGAAGCUAAAGAAACGAUAGAUAAACUGCUCGCCAAUCAUGCUUCUGAAAUUAAAGCUUUGAAACAAAAAUGUUCAGAUGAAAUUGAAGAAAUAACAACAGCUGCAGAAUUAAACUUAGAUCUAAUUACACAAAAGAUGGAGAAUAAAAUGAAAGAAUUCCAAAAGGAAGUAGAAAACAGUCAAAUGGAUGAGGCAGUAGAUUUUAUUGAUAAAAUAAAUGAAAUUAGUGAUGUUAUCAAGGAGAAGGUAAAGCUUUUUGAUUCUCAAAUUUUAGAGGCACUUACUAAAUUAAAAGUGAUUGAAGAGGACCUUCAGAAAAAGUCUAUUGAAAUCAUAGAUUCCUUGAAAUUGAGUAAUGAAGUGCAUGAAGAUAAACUGAAAGAACAUAUCAGAGUGUGUGAAUCACUUGAGACGCAAAAAGUAAUAAAUUUAGAACAAAAGAUAUUAAUAGUAGAGCUUCAAGACAAAGUAGAUAUACUCGAAAAUGAAAUUGGUAAAUUAAAGAAGCAGUGUAAUAAAUAUGAAGUUAUUCAAAAUGAAGCUUCCAAAACAAUCCAUGUACUUAGCCAGCGACUAUUUGAAAGUGAAAGUGAAGUUGAAAAACAAAAUGAAAUACGAAAUGAAAUGAAAUUACGUAUCAAUGCUUUAGAAGAGCAAAUCAGGAAUCUAAUUUAUGAAAAUAAUCAACUCAAUAAUAAUUUAUCAGAUCUUCGUACAGCGAUUGUGGCUGAGGUCAAAGAAGUAGAAAAAAUUUUACUAGGAAAAGUUGAUAACUACAAGAAGAAAGCUGCUGAAGAGACUCACAAAUACAGAAUUCUUUUAGAAGAGAGGCAGAACCAAAUUGAUUCUCUUAUGAAAGAAUUGGAAUAUUACAAAAACAAAGCAGUUGAGACUUCAGAAUGCAUAAUGUUGUGUCAAAGCAGAAUCACCAGUUAUAAAGAGGAAAUUAAGGAACUUUCUCUCAAAUUCAAUGAGCUUGAUGAUGAAUAUAAUGAAAAAAUGAAUGCACAAAAAAAUUUGUAUAGUAUAUUAAAUGAAGAUUAUAGGAAACUACAGGAAAAAUACCAAUAUGAAAAAGAUAUACAUCAAAAUGAACUUGAACAUUUGCACUUGGCAAAAUCAGAUUUAGAAAAAGAAAUGGAGGGAAAAAUUGAAGAAGUUGCAAAUCUUCAACUUUCUCUUGAGGAAACCCAAUUGAAAUUAACAAAAACCGAAAAAGAACUUGAAGAUUUACAAGUGGUAGUUCAUGAAAAAGAACAAGCUGUAGAAGAUCUUGCAUUGAAGCUGGAUCAUUAUACAGACUGUGCCCAAAAUACAACCCAGCAAAUCAAUUUCCUUAAAAAAACUAAUGACGACUUAGAAGCUGAUUUGAAAAAAAUGGAAGAGAUUAUUAAUGAAAAGGAUUUGAGCAUUGAAACACUCUCUGUCGAAUUGUCAGAGAGUAAAAGUUAUGUUCAAACUGUUACAGAGCACUUUGUUUCAUUAAUGAAUGAACUUGGAGAAAAAGAUAAUAAAUGUGAAUCAUUGACUACUGAAAUAGAAAUGAAGAAUGCGAAUAUGAUCCAAGUAUCAGAGGAAUAUGAAAAAAUGAAGAAAUUGUAUGAAAGUGAAGCCAACAGGGUAGCAGAAUUGGAAAAGGACCUUCGAGACACUCAAAGGGACAAUGAGAAAUAUGUUGAUGAGCUUAUAUCAGAACUGGUUCUUGAAAAAGAAAGGUGCACAGAACUUACGCAAACCGUCGAUGAUGUGAAACAUAAAAAUGCUGUUUUAGAUAAAACUGUUGAGGAUCUUGAAAACAAAUUAAAAGAAACUGAAAAUGUCGAAAUUCUUAAGAAGAAAAUGAGGAUUCUUGAAGGAAACAUUGAAGAAUUGAAAAUGGAAAAUGUAGAUUUCAGUAAUGAAAUCGAAGCUCUUUACAGGGAAAUUGAAGAUAGUGAAAGAGAAGUUGAAGAGCUCAAGAGUGAAAAAAAGAAAAUAUCUCAUCAAUUAAAUGAACUGAAAGGUGAAAAAACAGACCUCAUGGAAAUGAUAAAACAGCAACAGGAGGAGAUGGAGUUAAUAACAAAUGAAAUAAGUAGACAACAAGAGCAAAUAGAUGAAUUGAAACAAAUGAAGAAUGACAAAAUUGAUGAGUUAAGAGCUGAAUUUCAAACAGAGGUAGAAAAUGAAGUUUUGAUGCUCCAGCAAACAUUAGAAGAAAAGCAGAAAAUUGUUAAUCAACUGCAAGCUAAGGAACAAGACUUAGUGUACAAGUUAAAGGCAGCUGAAGCAGACUUGAUAGCUGCUGAAACAGAAAAGAAAAAUUCUGAGAAUAAACUACACGACAUUUCAGAAAAAAAUGUUGAGUUAAAUAGUAAAUUAAGUGCAAUGGAAAAAAGAAAAAAUGAAUAUAAAUUAUAUGCAAUCGAUUUAGAGCAAGAUGUAAAGAUUCUCAAAGAACAGUUGUCAGUAUUACAGGAUGAGAAGGAAAAACUUAAAGAGCAAUAUCAUGAGGAAUCAAUGAAAACAACUUCCAUUGAAGCUACAGUAGCUGACUUGGAGUGCAGAAAUCGGGAAUUGGAAAGUAUCAUUGGACCAUUUAAAGAGCAACUAAUGAAAUAUGAGAGUGAAAGGGCGGAUCUCCUCCAGAAAUCUGCUACUACUGAAAAGGAAUUACGUGCUCUUGAAUUGGCUCAUGCAAAAACUCUUGGGCAUCAUAAUCAUAAACAGAAAAUUAAGCAUGUGGUGCAUCUUACGGAACAAAUAGCAGAAUUGAAAACGGAACUUGACAAAUUACGCACAGAGAAUACAGUGUUGAGGGCAUCAGUUCUUGAAGCUCAAAAAGAAGCAAGCUUAAGGAAUAAGCGAAGAGACAAAGAAAAUGAAACAAGUCCCAUGAAAGUUUCCAAAACCAAGAUAGUAGGUCGUGCCUCUAGUCCUGCUCUCAAGGAAAGGACAAAUGCGCAUUAG